CCCCUCCCGGCAUGCCUGGCAGCAUGGCUUCUUCCUAGAGGGGCUGCGGUGGGGGUCCUGGAGGCACCGCUGCCCUCACCACAUCCUCCACCCCUGGGGUACAGAAUAGAGGCUUUUCCCGCAAGAGCCAGACGUUCCUGCCUAAGAUCUUCUUCCGCAAGAUGUCCACCUCGGGGCCCAAGGACAGGCCCGAGCUGCAGUUUCCCUUCCUGCAGGAUGAGGAGACGGUGAGCACCCUGCAGGAGUGCAAGACGCUCUUCAUCCUGCGCGGCCUGCCGGGCAGCGGCAAGUCCACGUUGGCCCGCACCAUUGUCGACAAGUACCAUGAUGGCACCAAGAUGCUGUCCGCCGACAGCUACAAGAUCACCCCCGGCGUCCGCGGCGACUUCUCCGAGCAGUACGAGCAGCUGGACCAGCAGCUGGCCACCUACUGCCGCCGGGACAUCCGAGUGCUUGUGCUGGACGACACGCACCACGAGCGGGAGCGGCUGGAGCAGCUCUUUGAGGUGGCCGACCAGUACCAGUACCAGGUGGUGCUGGUGGAGCCCAAGACGGCGUGGCGGCUGGACUGUGCCCAGCUCAAGGAGAAGAGCCAAUGGAAGCUGUCCACCGAUGAGCUGAAGAAGCUGAAGCCGGGGCUGGAGAGGGACUUCCUGCCGCUGUACUUCGGCUGGUUCCUGACCAAGAAGAGUUCCGAGCGCCUCCACAGGGCCGGCCAGGCCUUCCUGCAGGAGCUGGGGAACCACAAGGCCUUCAAGGAGCAGCUUCGGCACUUUGGCCCCGGAGACGAGUCCAGGGAGAAGAUGGACUUGGUCACUUACUUUGGGAAGAGGCCCCCGGGCAUGCUCCACUGCACCACCAAGUUCUGCGACUACGGGAAGGCGGCUGGGGCGGAGGAGUACGCCCAGCAGGACGUGGUGAAGAGAUCCUACAGCAAGGCCUUUACACUGAGCAUCUCUGCCCUCUUCGUGACCCCGAAGACGGCCGGGGCCCGGGUGGAGCUGAGUGAGCAGGAGCUGUUGCUGUGGCCCAGUGAGGUGGACAAGCUGUUGCCCUCUGACAGCCUGCCUCGCGGGAGUCGUGCACACAUCACCCUGGGCUGUGCCAGUGAAGUGGAGCCCGUGCAGACGGGCAUCGACCUGCUGGAGAUUGUGCGGCAGGAGAAGGCAGGCAGCCGCGGCGAGGAGGUGGGCGAGAUCCGCCGGGACAAGCUCUACUCCUUGGGCAGUGGGCGCUGGCUGCUGAGCCUGGCCAAGAAGCUGGAGCUCAGGGCCGUGUUCACCGGCUACUACGGGAAGGGCAAGCCUGUGCCUGUCCACAGUGGCCGGAGCGGGGGCGGCCUGCAGUCCUGCCAGAUUGUCUGAGGGCCCCCACCACCCUCCCCAAGCUCACAGGGAGGGCUGGGGCAGGUGCCAACCCCACACCCCAUGUCAGUUGUUUUGUUUUUUACCCGAAGUUAACCUCC